AUGUCGGUUCCGGGCCAGGCAGACAGCGACGACGCUCAGUUGUUGAAGGGUCAAUCGCUAGGUGACCAAAAGCCGUCGCACCUGUUAAAUCAUAUGAGUCAAUUGAACGGCGGUCAAUGCAGUUCAGCGGUCUUAAAGUCUCUGUUCUUUGAACAGUUGCCAGAGUCUCAACGAGCGAUCUUAGUAGCAAUGAACGAACCCGACCUUCAGAAAAUUGCAGACAUUGCAGACAAAAUUGCCGACAUGAGUAGUUUGGAUACGGCGAUAGCCCUUAUUCGGUCGCAUCCGGAUACAAACAAAACGUGUUUGCACAAAGACACGAACGACCCAUCUAACACAGAAAAACAACUUGCAGAGAUCAUUAAACGUCUGGAUUCGCUCGAUACUGCUGUGCCAUUUUCAAUUAUUGGUGCAGAUCUUCUAAAACAUUAUGGUUUAGAUGUUAGUCUAAGUAGGCGUUACCUCUUCGAUAGCACUACCAAAUUAUAUACCACAGGCAGUAUUAGCACCGUUCCGGACUUAUGCCUUUCUACAGUAGAUCAUUCAAAUAAUUUUGCCAAAAUCCUCACUAAAUUCCAGGAAAUUACCGGCGUGUUGCAACAGACCACGCAGAAAACCAGUGAUGUUGAACAUCACAUUCUCACAAAUGGCCCUCCUACUGCGGAACGUCCUCGACGUUUGGCACCGGAUAAAUUAAAAGCCGCAAAGGCUGAAUUUAAACGACUCAUGAAGCUAGGGAUUUGUCGGCCUUCGAGCAGCCCGUGGGCCAGUCCAAUUCAUCUAUGGUGUGAGGAAAUCUCCACUCUAAAAAACCAAUGUCAUAAAGCACGGAGAGUACUCACAAGAAAGAAAAGAAAUGGUUCAGAUGAAGAGAUUGCUCUGGCAAAGCAGAAAUACGCGAACAUACAGAAGGAUUUGAGAAUUGCUAUACGAAGAGCUAAAUCAAAUGCCUGGAAAGAUCUACAGGCUACGAUAGACAAUGAUCCAUGGGAAAGACCAUUCCGAAUUGUCACAAGAAAAAUGAGACCCCAGGAUAUGCCUGUAGUGUCAACAUUGUCAUCUACAGCUUUAGAGGAAAUACUUGCCGUACUUUUCCCACGAGGAGUGAAAGGUAGAGAAUACUCUAGGGAACAAAUUCCCUGGUGCUCGGACUGGGACGUGCAGGAAUCUAAAAUUAAAGCUGCCCUGAAAAAAAUCCAGGGUAACAAAGCCCCUGGCCCGAGGAGAAUACUGGGUUCAGUGAUGACUGGCACGUCUAUGUUUUUGCUCUCCGAUUGGGCGAGGUGCUUUACCUUAUGCUUAAAGGAGGGCUCCUUCCUGGAAAACUGGAAGGUUGCAAACCUUGUCCUAAUUAGGAAAAAAGAAGGUAAAGUGAACGAUCCGGCCUGCUUCCGUCCUAUAUGUCUAUUAGAUGAAGCUGGGAAGCUCUUGGAGAGAGUAAUUGUUGAAAGGAUACAUACUCACCUGAAUGACACCGAUGGACUCUCCAAUGAGCAAUAUGGUUUCCGCCAGGGUAGAUCCACGAUUGAUGCCAUACGCAGAUUGCGAUCCUAUGUCCAGGAUCAAAGGAGUCAAGGACGAAUGGUCAUGGCAGUAGGAUUGGACAUCGCAAAUGCGUUCAAUUCUCUGCCAUGGAGCACCAUCUUAAAAGCCAUGCGGAGAAAACAGUUUCCUGACUAUUUAUUGCGAAUAGUCAGGGACUAUUUAAAUAACAGAUGGAUAACUUAUAUCGACCGGAGUGAUGAGAAGGUUAAAAGAGAGAUCACCAGAGGAGUCCCUCAGGGAUCAGUUCUGGGUCCCACCCUCUGGAAUAUAGGCUACGACAAAGUUCUGACCUCUGUGAUGCUGCCAAAGGCGUGUAUGGUCAUUUGUUAUGCAGACGAUACCGUCCUCCUGACUCCAGGAAACAAUAUCAGGGAGUUGGUAAACAAUACAGAGAUGGCUGCUGCCUCCUUGAUCCUGGAAAUCGAAAAACUGGGACUUCGAGUAGCUUCUACGAAGACGGAGGUAAUGGUGUUCCCAUCCAGCGCCAUCCAAAACCAAUCAAUUUUGGUUUUGAUCAAGGGAGAACCUGUUAAAAUAAACAGCUCCAUGAAAUACUUAGGUAUUGUUCUGGACGGAAACUGGACAACGGUCUCCUUCGUGGCUGCGAUAAUCCUGGCUAGGGGAGUGCCGCUGGAGCUGACUGCACAGACUCUCACUCAUGUAUAUAAUCAGAUGAGAAACAUGAGUCGAGAGGGUGAUCUUUUGGAACACUCUGCCAAGGUAAGAUUGUGCCUACAAGCAAAAAGAGAAGCGAUUAAAGAGUGGAAAAAGAGAGUGACAACUUCACACAAUACUAGCGGAACUAGAGUAACACAAGCCACUAUCACACAUCUAGAGGAGUGGUACAGGAUGAUCAUAGGAUACACUACCUUUCACAUCACUCAAAUGAUGUCCGGACAUGGGUGUUUUAAGGAAUACCUUUUUAAGAUAAAAAGGGCUACUUCCCCGAGCUGCGAACACUGUAGCAACGGAAUAGACACGGCCCAACACACCCUGGAGCUCUGUCCUGCCUGGGACCAGGACAGAAACAAGCUCCGGGAGGUGUUGGGCAGAGGAGUAAGACUAGGACUGCCAUCUAUAAUAGAGGAAACGAUCAAGAACGUAGAAAAGUAG